AUGGCCAAGUCCAAGAACUCGUCCCAGCACAACCAGGCGAAGAAGGCGCACCGGAACGGUAUCAAGAAGCCCAAGACCUCGAGAUACCCUUCUCUCAACGGAACAGACCCCAAGUUCCGGAGAAACCACAGACAUGCGCUCCACGGAACCGCUAAGGCACUGAAGGAGUUCAAGGAGGGCAAGAGAGAGACGGCAUAA